AUGGCCUCGCUAAGCAGUUGGGAGAAGCACGAUAUUCUGCGCUGCGAGCAAUUUCUGAAAAGGAUCAAAGGCUGGGUCGACCCCACCUGGGGUUUUUAUGUCUAUGGCACCUACACACGCCCGCAAAAGCGAAAGGAUUCAGACAAGGAGAAAGAUGAGGGCAAAGCCCAGGAGAAAGCGGUAGACAGCGAACACUUCCAGGCCGUGCUGAACAAGCUGCACGCCCACGCUGCCGAUACCCUGCGCUAUGAGCAACCAGAGCCGUACAAUCAACAUUUGAUUGACACUCUGCGCUUACAACCCGCUGCGUAUCUUCCUGGCGCUUCGCUCGCUGACGUCUGUGAACAUUUCCGCCAGAACGCUGGCAGUUUUCUUGGCGCUGGAGGCGAAGUCAUAGAGGAGGGGUACAACUGCGGUCCCAAGACUGACUGGUGUCUGAUCAUAGACGAUGACUCACUCGAUAGUAUCGAAAACGGGCCUGAACUAAUCGGACCAAUGCCGCCAGACGAUGCGAUGCCCUGGACUUUGAAGCGUAACGCCAGCAGGGUGUUUGUCAAGCUACUUAGUAAGAACGAGUUCGCAACGGAAGAGCCCAAAGUUCUUGCUGCGCAGGGUCGGGGUGGGACUGGCCAGAGGGUUAAGUGGCAUGGCUGGUGCAAGUUCUCACCUGUGUAUCUAAUGCCUGUCUUCAAUGAGACCGACAAAGGAGAUAUCGAGACUUACUUCAAGCAUCCCGAUAAGCUCAUCACGAUCUAG